CCGCCGGACCGCAGCCUGCCCAAGCCGCCGGCAGGCGCACCCACCCCGCUUACCGUGGCCAGUCCCGAGGGUCUGCGCCACCUGACCGCCUGCAUCUCCGCGCUCCGCAGCACCCAGCUCUCCUUCCUCACGGGGGCGCAUGUGGAGCUGGCGGAGCGGGCGGCGGCGCUGCGGGGCGAGGCGGGCAAGCACGCGGCGGCGGUGGCGGAGCUGGGCGGGCAGGCGGCGGCGCUGGAGGGGCGGCAGGCGGGGCUGGAGGCGAGGUUGAGCCGUCUGACGCUGCUGCACAACAACCUG